CGGGCGGGGUCGGUGGCUCUGCCUGCCGGGCAGGUGUUGCUGGUGCGACGAGACUCAGUAUGGAGCAUUAAAGCGACGGCUCCGCUCGCGGUCCGGACUUGGCGGUGGCUGUGAGAGGCGCCAGCUGCAGCACGCUUGGCAGAGCAGCUAGCGCACUUCCGUAAUCGCCAUUAGUGGUGCUAAGCAGCGGGAUUCUGUCCAUCCCCGGGAAGCCGACACUACCUCCAUUUUCACUUAAGGAGAUUAGACUUGAUUUCCUUUUGAUCAACUCCUUUUUAAAGCAACUUCUCAUCAUGGCUGAACUAUCAGCUGAAGAAAUUCAACUGAGGGCCCACCAAGUCACUGAUGAGUCUUUGGAAAGCACAAGGCGGAUUCUUGGCUUGGCUGUUGAGUCCCAGGAUGCAGGAAUCAAGACUAUCACCAUGUUGGAUGAACAAGGAGAACAACUAACCCGUAUAGAAGGAGGAAUGGACCAAAUAAACAAGGACAUGAGAGAAGCUGAAAAGACCUUGACCGAGCUCAACAAGUGUUGUGGUCUCUGUGUCUGUCCCUGCAACAGGACAAAGAACUUUGAGUCUGGUAAGUCAUACAAGUCAACCUGGAGUGAUGGUGCAGAGAAUUCAGCAGACCGUAUUGUAUCCAAGCAGCCAGGACGUUUAGUAAAUAACCAACAGCCACAGACCACUGGAGGAGCAAGUGGGGGAUAUAUUGUACGGAUAACAAACGAUGCCCGAGAGGAUGAGAUGGAAGAAAAUCUCACUCAGGUGGGAAAUAUCCUGGGGAACUUGAAAAACAUGGCUUUGGAUAUGGGCAAUGAGAUUGAUACACAAAACAAGCAAAUAGACCGGAUAAAUGAGAAGGCGGAUACAAACAAAGAUCGUAUUGAUCAAGCCAAUGUCAGAGCCAAGAAACUCAUUGAUGGUUAAAGAGCUUUCUGCCAUUGUCCAAGAUCUUUCUCCAGCAGCAAGUCGUCAUUUUCAUAUCUGAAAUUAUCUGUAUUUCAAAACAGGGGUAGUGGAGUUGAGAAGGGAGUGAAGCAGGUUGCUUAUAUAGAACUUGCUGUUCUUAUCCUUGUGUGCAGAUUUUGUUUUGAUUCCAUUAGAGCAGCAACAUAGCUUGCUCCUAAUUGUCUGUCCUGUCUUGCUUAAACCUGCUAUGGGCUUUGUUUUACAUCUUUGAGAAUAUUCUUUCUCUUAUCAUCCUCCUUCAGAACACACAGUCUAGUUAAAUGUAAUAAACGGGAUGGGAUAAUUUUGGAAAGGCUGGAGAGGAGACUUUAAUUACCUCAGUUAUGCAUUCUCACUAAAAUAGGGACUUGGUGAUGCUUAUUUGUAUUUCUUAAUUGAGCAGGAUAACCAUAUUUUUAUGGACCUUUAUUUUAACUUCCAUUCCACAUAUGAAAGGGUGGGAGUUGUUCAACUAUCAAAUUUAAAGAAGUUCUGGCCCAGUGGCUACUUGUGGGUUGAAGGCUUUAUAACACACACAAAUUGGAAGGGAACAGAUGCAUUUUUAGUCUUUUUUGAAUGCAUAGUAAUGUUAUGUAGAGACCAUGAUUACCAAAUUGUGCUGCAUUUUCUGUUAAUUGUGUAUAUAAUGGAUUUUAAACACCAUGCUCCUAUUUUACUGUUGAACAGACGAUAAUAACUGUUCUUGUAUUUAUGCAAUGGAAAAGAUUUUAUAUUGAGCCUCUAAAUAUUUCCUUUAGAAGUAGGCUCAACAAAGCUAUAGACAAACAUUUAAGCUAACUGAAAACUUAGGUCUCCAAGAAAAUGUUAGACUAACUCUGAAUCUGACCACUUAUAAUGAGCAUGCAAUUAAGCAUGCACAUUUCUCAUCAGGAUGCUGUAUCAAAUUUACCUGUCAGUUCUCCCUGGAAUUUGGCAUAUACCUUUCUCCACUACAGUAGCACAAAUCUCACCAAGUUCUGUUCUCACAUAGUGUAUCGGGGCACUUUUUUAAAAAAAACUGUGAAUUGAUAUGAAAUAACAAAUGAUGACAAACUUCUUCACACUUCAAUAUAUUUUUUCUUAGUCUUUUAGUUUAAGCUAUAUAUACACCAUAAUUCAUCUUCUGUUCUGCAUGAUAAUUCUGAACUCUGCAUGGCCCUAAUCUUUAAGAUAUCUGAUAACUGCUGUUCAUGUGUUCAAAAAGUUGUUUUCUGAAGUUUAAAUUUUUACUUGGCAACAUGUCACUCUAAGUAUAAUACUUAAAAUACUACCUUACUGCAAUCGAUGCUUCAGAUGAAGCAACUACUGUUCCUCCCUUCUUCCCCUGUUCUGGGAAUAAGAUGCUUGUUCUAGCUUUAUUAUGUCUUCCAAUAAACUUUGCCACUCAUAUUUGAGAGGCAGAAUGGAGUAGUUAUGUGCCUUGUAUAGGAUUAAAGGGAAAGUGAUUAUUUGAGGUAAGCUGUGAUCUUUGAAUAAUUCAGAAUUUUUCCUCCUAGUGAUUUUUAAGUAAUGACCAAAGUAAUUGCAUUCAAGCUUGCUUAUUCUUUGCAAAGUAGAUGUCCAAUAUUCUUGUAGCCUUUGUAGAUCCUGGGGUAGAAGGAUGUGACUACAACCUUGAAAGAUUAAUUUGGUAACUCCUUAACUGGGAUUUUGCACUCCCUCUCUUUAUCAGUUUGUCGGGGCAACUAGAAAUGAAUUCUAACUCUCAAAAGGGUAGGCUGCUGUAUAAAGUAAGCAGAAAGCCAGGUCAAGUCUCUGGGAAAUCCAAUUCGAAAGACUGAUGAAGCAACUUUUUGUGGGUGAUUGAAAUUUGUAUUGGGCUGCAUGUUGGUCCUCUGUGGCUUUCAGAACAGCUGGAAAGAGAAUGGAUUUUUAAUCAACUGUAUAUGUAUCCUAUUAGUAGCUAAAGUUAUAUGCACAAAACAUGAGUAACAAAGAAGCAUUAAUUGUGCCAUUACCACCUCGUACAAUUAAAACUCCCAACAUGUGAAAGCUUAAAGGAUUCCAGUACUCAGAAAAAACUUUCUUAUACCAACUUAAGAGGCUUAGUUGAAAGAACCUUUUGUACAGAACAUGCCUUCAGCUUUUUAUAACUUAAAGGCAGUAAUGUACUGCUGGAAUGGAAGACUAAAACUGUUUUCUUGUUCCACUUACAAUGUUGCAGAACUCCUCUGCUGUAAAUCCUUAGACUUCUUUCCCUGGACCUUCAUUAUUACAGCAUACCUCAUAUUUGAUUUUUCCAAAGUUAUUACAGGAGAUAGUAUGUACCUUAGCUAAGAGGAUUUGUCAGUAGUACAUGGACGAUUAAUACCACAGCUUAAAAAUCAAUUUACAUAGCUUAUCUAGGACUCACUUGUAACUCCCUAUAUGCCAUUGUGAUACAAUAUUGAGCUAUAGCUUGGUUAUUAGCUGAAUAUUUACAUUUGUCUUGUAAUGGACAAAGAUUUGGAAUCCUAGGGGAGUAAGGGCCUUAAAUGUUCCAGAGCAAACUGCAGAGCAACACACUCUAUUGGACUUGCCUUUUAGAAGCAUUUAUCCUAUUACACAUCAUACUUUUGGGACAAAAUAAACAAUGUAUAUGCAUUUUUCUCAAAGCAAAUGUGAUUUUUAAUAGUAUUAAAGAUGAAGAUAAUUUCA